AUAUUCAUUCCAAAUAAAUAUAUAAAAAGAACAUAAAAAAAAAAGAAGCAGAAGAGAUGAGGAUGAUGAAGAUGAUAAUGAUGGUGAUGAUGAUGAUGAUUGUGUUGGUUGGAACCAUACGAGGAGAUGUAGGGAUAGAUCCGGGUCUGCCUAAAAUAGAUUCAAAGUGUGCGAAAUACUGUUCUGACUCGUGCUCAGGCGCAGACAAGUUUGUGAAUAUAAAAUGUUUUACUCAAUGCAUCCGAACUCAUUGUGUUCCUCCUUCUCAUCCUCCUCCCGAGGGAUCGUGGAUGCCUUCGCCAGAUCGAAGGUGUGAGAUAAAGUGUCAUAACUUGUGCUUAGCCAAGCCUGGAGAGAAGAACUGCUUUGCUCAAUGCAUUUUUACUCGCUGUGGUUUUCCUGCUCUUCCUCCUACCUGGAUGAAAGCUCUAUAAAAUCAAGAAAGGAGGGGAUAUAAUGUUAUUGAUAUUUGUACCCAAAGAAAA